AUGUUACGCCAAGCAUCGCGCCUAUUGACUCGAUCCAUCGCCGCCACUCAGCAACCGAUUAAGGUGGUGGGUGCUCGACCCAUGUCGACGGACUUGCCAGCCACACCCGUCGAGGACUCAGCGUUUGUUGAAUCAUGGAACAAAGUGGCACCAAACAUUGACCCACCUAGGACUCCAUCGGCUUUUAUGAAGCCUCGUCCUCCCACUCCUUCUACUAUUCCUUCUAAGAUCACUGUCAAUUUUGUUCUUCCUUAUGCAUCUGAGCUCUCCAACAUGGAGGUUGACAUGGUCAUUAUACCAGCAACAUCUGGGCAAAUGGGUGUUAUGCCAGGGCAUGUACCCUCUAUUGCAGAACUGAAGCCUGGGGUCUUAUCAGUCCAUGAAGGAAAUGAUGUGAAAAAAUACUUCCUUAGCGGUGGGUUUGCUUUUGUUCAUGCAAACUCGGUUGCUGAUAUAGUUGCUGUUGAUGCUGUUCCAAUUGACCACAUUGAUGAGAACUUGGUUCAAAAGGGGCUAGCAGAUUUCAAUCUGAAGCUCAGCUCAGCUACAACUGAGUUGGAGAAAGCUGAGGCCCAGAUUGGUGUUUAUGUUCACAGUGCUCUCAACUCAGCUUUGGCAGGCUGA